ACAGAUAUAGUUCCCAUUAAUAUCUCUUUUUCUGUCUCUCUCUCUAACACUACUGCCACACAUCGCAUCCUUGCAGGGUCUUCACAGCAUGGCAGCAUUGCGGCAGGCACUGCAUCUCAGUUUUGCAGAUCAUGAGCAAGGAAAGAAACCCAUGAAAAAUUGAGAAGAAAAAUAAAUAAAAAGUUGAAAGCUUUAAUUUAAUUUAAUUUAAUACUAGUACCCUUUAAAGCCUUUGAUUUGAUAUCUUAAAAAAGCAGAGAGAGACAAAGGGUCUCUCUUUUUAAGAGUCUUGACUCUAAUCUCCUUUUAGGCAAUUGCCAAAGUUGCACUAUAAUGCAGUCAUGAAAUCUCUCCUCGCUCACAAAAGCACUUGUCUUUUAAUAAACCUUCAUUAUUGUUAUCAACAGUUACUCCUUGUUAUUCUUCAAGAACUCUACACUGUUCCUGUUGUUACUGCCUUUGUUUAGGAAAGGCUAUAGAGCUGAUCAAGGCUAAAAAUGGUGGGUAUGAUAGAUCUCAACACUAUUGAAGAAGAUGAAACUACACCGUCUUGUGGGUCUUUAUCUUCUCCAUCAUCAUCCUCUGCUGCUUCUGCUUUGAGUGCUUCUGGCUCUGGUUCUAGUACCUCUUCUGUUUGUUUGGAGCUUUGGCAUGCUUGUGCUGGCCCACUAAUAUCUUUGCCAAAGAGAGGGAGUGUUGUUGUGUAUUUCCCUCAAGGCCACUUGGAACAACUCCCUGAUUUGCCUCUUGCAGUUUAUGAUCUCCCUUCUCAUGUCUUCUGUCGAGUUGUUGAUGUCAAGCUCCAUGCCGAGGCAGCAAGUGAUGAGGUGUAUGCACAGGUCUCCCUGGUUCCUGAGAGUGAGGAAAUUGAGCAGAAGUUGAGGGAGGGGAUAUUUGAGGGGGAUGGUGAGGAGGAGGAUGGUGAAGCCACUGUGAAGAUGACAACACCCCAUAUGUUCUGUAAGACCCUAACUGCUUCUGACACUAGCACUCAUGGAGGCUUUUCAGUCCCUCGUCGAGCUGCUGAGGACUGCUUCCCUCCUCUGGAUUAUACUCAACAAAGGCCUUCACAAGAGCUUGUGGCAAAGGAUCUUCAUGGCUCUGAGUGGAAGUUUCGACAUAUCUACAGGGGUCAGCCACGGAGGCAUUUGCUCACUACUGGAUGGAGUGCGUUUGUCAAUAAGAAAAAACUUGUCUCUGGGGAUGCCGUUCUCUUUCUCAGGGGUGAGGAUGGGGAAUUGAGACUGGGAGUUCGAAGAGCAGCACAAGUUAAAUGUGGCCCUACAUUUCCAGCUCAAUGGAAUCAUCAGCUGAAUCAGAUCUCUCCUGGGGAUGUAGCUAAUGCUAUUUCUACUAGAAGUUUUUUCCACAUUUACUACAAUCCAAGGGCCAGCUCAUCAGAGUUCAUAAUACCUUUUAAUAAAUUCUUGAAGAGCCUUGAUCAAUCCUUCUCUUCUGGAAUGAGAUUCAAAAUGCGUUUUGAAACAGAAGAUGCAGCAGAGAGAAGAUACACUGGAAUAAUAACUGGAGUCAGUGAGCUAGAUCCUGCUAGAUGGCCUGGUUCAAAAUGGAAAUGCCUGUUGGUAAGGUGGGAUGAUAUGGAGGCUAACAGGCUCAGCAGGGUUUCUCCUUGGGAAGUUGAGCCUUCUGGUUCUGGUUCUUUUUCCAGUUCCAAUAACUUUACGGCACCUGGUUUGAAGAGGAGCAGGUCUGGAUUGCCUUCAUCAAAGGCAGAAUUUCCAAUUCCUGAUGGGAUAGGAGCACCAGACUUUAGGGAAUCUUCAAGGUCCCAGGAGGUCUUGCAAGGUCAAGAAAUUAUGAGUUUUAAUGCUCUUUAUGAUGGUGUUGAUGGUCAGAACCAGCACCCAUCUGAAAUAAGGAGUUGUUUUCCUGGUUACCACAGUUCUGGGAUUGCUGCAUUAGGAAGUGGUAUCAGAGACUCGAUUGCCACUUCAAAUAACUCCUACAAGGGCAUAGGCUUUAACGAAUCUUAUAGAUUCCAUAAGGUCUUCCAAGGUCAAGAAAUUUUUCCAAGCUCACCAUAUGGAAGAAUCCCAAAUGCUAAUGAGGCUCGUGAAAAUUGUAGUCUUGGAUUCUCUGAUGGUGUCCAAAGGUCAAGCUCAAGCUCAAGAAAUGGAUGGUCUACAUUGAUGCAGGGCUAUAAUACUCAAAUUCGACCUCCUGCACAAGUAUCAUCACCAUCUUCGGUGUUAAUGUUUCAGCAUGCUAGCAAUCCAGUUCCAAAGCCAUCUUCCAAUUUUAAUUUCAAUGAUCAUGUGCAGCAGACAGCUACCACCCGAAGUUGGUUUUGUGGUCCUGAAAUGCAGGGGGGGGAUUUCAAGUUGCCUGCACAUUCUGAGCCCAGUGUAAAAAGAGGCGGCCAGUGGAGCAAUAGUCCUUUUGGUCUGUCCCAUGAGCAUCUUCAACAUGGUGUUUCACAACCUAUUGUAGCUCAAUCAGCCUUUAGGGGUAGUCAAGAUUUGGUGUCGUGCAAAAGCAGCUGCAGACUCUUUGGUUUCUCAUUGACUGAGGAUAAAUGCCUUGUUAAUAAGGAGGACAAUAUGACCUUAAUAACAUCUCCAUUGAAUCCUGGAUCCUCCUUUCUGCCUCGCGCAGGAGAGCACUUCCAUCCAAAGCCUCCAGCAAUAAAUAAUGCAGUUGGGAGCAGUUGUACCGAAGCAAUUCUGCAAACCCGUGCUGAAAAUUAUCGAAUAUACUAAUGAGGCUCGCACAAGGGAUGCUUCCUGUUGCUUGGUUUUAUAUGUAUUAGCUUGUGAGAGAAUAUAAUUAUUCUCCUAAGGUAACUUGGCUAUAUCCUAACUCCUUUGACUAUGCAACAGAGCUGUUUGUACCUGGUACUAAUCUCUGUUAGAUUUCCCAUGAUAACCCACAUUCAAGAAUGUUCUCUUCAUACAGUGCACAAUCCAAUCUGGAAAUGUAGUUGUAAUAGCGCCAGAUAUUUUAUAUGGUUGUCAUCUCUCAAUAUGUUUUGUUCUAUGCUAGCCUACUACAUUCCGAACUA